GGGUAUACAACAACACCAACAUACACAUACAAUGAUGGCUUCUCGUGUUUUCGCCCGUAACUUGGCUACUGCCACCAAGUCUGUCAAGCCACCAAUUCAAUUAUUUGGUCUCGACGGUACUUAUGCCAAUGCUUUAUACUCCGCUACUGUUCAAGAAUCAUCUGUGGAUCAAACCUACAAGUCAUUGGGUAAAGUCAAUGACGUUAUUGCCAAGGACGCACAACUUGCCAAUGCCUUAGUCAACCCUUCUUUAUCUAAGGAAAACAGAGUUGCUGUUGCUGGUGCCAUUUCUUCCAAGUUGGGCUUAGAUAAGACCACUGGUAACUUUUUAAAAGUAUUGGCUGAAAACAACAGAUUAGGAAACUUUGGUUCUAUCUACGAAAAGUUUGGAUUAUUGAACGAUGCCCACAACGGUGUUGUUGAAGCCAAGAUCACUUCUGCUAAGCCAUUGGACUCCAAGGUCUUGAAGAGAUUGACUGCUUCUAUUGAAAAGUCUUCUUUUGUUGGUCAAGGUAAGUCCUUGAAGAUUACCAACCUUAUCAACUCUGAAAUCUUGGGUGGUUUAGUUGUUGAAGUUGGUGACAAGACUGUUGACUUAUCCAUCUCUAACAAGGUUGCAAGAUUAAACCAAGCUUUAAAGGAAGCUUUAUAAGCCUAGAGGAUAAUUAAAACAUAAUAUCAUUACAUUUAUUUCGGUUCUUUCUUUUUUGAUAAUGGAGAAGGAACAGUUAAUCAUAGAGAGUUUGAAGAAAGCGGGGACAUUUUUCGUUGAUUUUUAGUUAAGAAACAGAUUUAUGCUUGAAUUUACUUAUUAAAUUUGUUUUCAAUAAGUGGGCUUGUGCAUUCUCUUCCAACUGAACAAUGUCAAUGUUCUCUUCUUGAUCAGCUUUUUUACCCCUUUUUAUACAUAUAUUAUCAUUAUAUAUUUCAAUAAAAUCAUUCGAAUAGU